AUGCCUGGGGGUGCUACGCCUGGAGGUGCUGAGCCUGGGGGUGCGGAGCCUGAGGGAGCUGGGCCUGCUGGUGCUGUGCCUGGCGGUUCUCCGGGUGCUUCUUCUCGCCGGGAGCCACUCUCUCCACAGGAGCUGCGUGAGUGGUUUGCCCGGCGCUGGAGGCGAGCUGCUGGAGCUGGAGGAGCUGUGGUAACUGGAGUUUUUGUUGCUGCUGAGGGCGCUGGUGCCACGGGUCCCGGAGGUGCUCGUACUGGGCGUACUGGAGCUGCUGGACCUGCGGGUACUUCUGGAGCUGGAGCUGCUGCGGGUGUUGGCGCUGAGGCUACUGCUGUCGGUCCUGGAGGCGGUCCUACUGGGGGUGCUACAGGUGCUGCUGGAGGUACUGGAGCUGGAGGUGCUGCUGGCGCUGGUGCUGCUGCUGGCGGUUCUCCGGGUGCUUCUUCUCGCCGGGAGCCACUCUCUCCACAGGAGCUGCGUGAGUGGUUUGCCCGGCGCUGGAGGCGAGCUGCUGGAGCUGGAGGAGCUGCGGUAACUGGAGUUUUUGUUGCUGCUGAGGGCGCUGGUGCCACGGGUCCCGGAGGUGCUCGUACUGGGCGUACUGGAGCUGCUGGACCUGCGGGUACUUCUGGAGCUGGAGCUGCUGCGGGUGUUGGCGCUGAGGCUACUGCUGUCGGUCCUGGAGGCGGUCCUACUGGGGGUGCUACAGGUGCUGCUGGAGGUACUGGAGCUGGAGGUGCUGCUGGCGCUGGUGCUGCUGCUGGGGGUACUGGUGCUGUCCCUGCUGUGUCUGGAGUCGCCGCGCGGCCUCGGCCGUACUUCGUUCCGCUCCUUCAGCAGGUUCUUGGCCUCCCGCCUUCUACUGGUCCUCCUCCUCCCUUAGAGUGUCCACAGCCUGUCCCGUCGCAGUUACAGUUACAGCCGGCCUCCCCACUGCCUGCUCCGUCUCCCUACACUGGUCCUACUGGAGGUCUUGCUGAGCGUCGUGAGCCUACGUCUCGCCCUGCGUCGCCUGUCCGUGCUGCUCGCACUAGUGGUCGUGGUUCGCGUCAGCGUCCUCCUCCUGUCCCUGGCACGCACCGGAUGUCUCUGCGUCCGUCCACUGCUCCACUGCGUGCCCCUUUGCCUUCUCCUCCUGAGUCUUCUCUUCCUGCUCUUGCCGACCCGGAGUCGGACUCUCUUCGUGCUGCCAGUCCUACUGUCACGCGUCUCCUUGCUACUGUUGUCACUGACCCUUCCUUUGAGUCCACUGCUGCGUCUGCCCUAGUUGCUGAGCUCGUCGACUUUGCUGCUCGCUGUCGCCUAGACUACGUCGCCAGUCUUGUUGCUGAGUCUGAGUCUGUCUGUCCUCCGUCCGUCGGGGGUGAGUGUGCCCUUGGCACGGACGUCCUUGAGGACAGGCAGGAGGAGUUCCAGUGCUUGGCCGCUGCUUCACCUCAUCUCGUGUCCGUACUGCUUACCCCUGAGGGAGACCCGGAUGCACUUGACAUCCCGACUCCGCGCUCUUACGCGGAGGCGAUAGAGGGUCCCUACUCCUCUCAGUGGCAGGCAGCUAUGGACGCAGAGAUGGCUUCCUGGAAGUCCACAGGCACCUACGUGGACGCUGUUCCCCCUCCUGGGGCGAACAUCGUCAGUGGCAUGUGGAUUUUCAGGGUGAAGCGACCGCCGGGUUCUCCGCCUGUCUUCAAGGCGCGUUACGUGGCUCGUGGCUUCAGUCAGCGGCAGGGAGUUGACUACUUUCAGACCUUCUCUCCCACCCCGAAGAUGACCACUCUUCGGGUACUGCUGCACGUAGCUGCUCACCGUGACUACGAGUUACACUCUCUUGACUUCAGCACUGCUUUCUUGCAGGGCAGCCUGCACGAGGAGAUCUGGCUGCGUCGCCCUCCUGGUUUCACUGGGUCUUUUCCUCCUGGCACCCAGUGGAGCCUACGGCGGCCAGUCUACGGUCUCCGCCAGGCACCGCGUGAGUGGCACGACACACUGAGGACUACACUUGCGGCUCUUGGGUUUGCUCACUCUACUGCUGACCCGUCGCUGUUUCUGCUGACCGACACUUCUUUGCCGCCGUUCUACAUCCUCGUGCUGUAG